AUGGCCACAGUGUGGAUUGCUGUGGACAGAGCAGACAAGACAAAUGGAUGUCUGCAGAUUCUGCCAGGUUCUCAUCGAGCUGGUCGAAUAGAGCACGUGAAAGUUGGUGAACAAACAGGGGCUGACCCGGAACGCGUAGAACUCCUUGCCAAAGUCUGCCCCUUGACCUACGUCCAGCUUGACCCUGGAGACGCUAUGAUAUUUCACUGUAAUCUGCUCCAUCGAAGUGACCAGAAUCACAGCCAAAACCGGCGUUGGGCUUACCUUGUUUGCUAUAACCGUGCAUCCAAUGACCCAGUGUAUAAACAUCACUAUGCUAACUACACGCCCCUGAUUAAGGUGCAGAAUAGCAGAAUUAAGGAAUGUGGCACCAAAACACCCACCGAAGGAAAACUAUUUUCUCAUGGACCGAAAAGAGAGCGUGACUCUGCUAUAGAAGUGCUAGAGAGGAAGGCCUAA